AAUGGCGACACGUUGCAAUGAGGUAGGCGAAUUACAGCAACUAUGGACAUUACCAGACCCCGAACUACAACGGAAUCCUUGCCACUUAUCACAUGGGUUAAUUUAUGCUGCUGUAGCAGGGAUUGUGUAUGGUCUCUGUACAGUCACUGUAAAGCUAGCAGAAACAAACGAUAGCUCAACGGCUCAGAUAGUAUUCACACAGAACGUACUAUGUGUAUUGGCGAUGAUACCUUUUAUUCUACACCAACAAUUACCUAUUGUGAACUACCCUAAGAGGGACAAAGGUUUGCUCAUAUUAAACGGAGUCAUUGAAGCCAUUGGAAGAAUAAGUCUGUAUUAUGCGUUUAGGUAUGGACUCGUCGGCAAUGUUUCAUCUAUAACGUUUGGUACACUGCCUAUCAUAACAGCUUGCAUUGCGAGAAUAUUCUUAGGCGAAAAAUGGAAUUUUGUUGAUGCAGUUAAUACUAUUUUGAAUGUCGCUGGUAUCGUUCUUAUUACGGGACCAUCAUUUAUGCUUGGCAACAGCAGUGACGAGAGUGGACAUGAUAGCACAAACAACCUUGCCAUAUCGACAGUUCUAAGUAUAGUAACAGCCGUAUUACUUGCCAUUUCUGCCGUCGCGAUCCGCUCAUUAAGGACUGAUGUGCAUAUAACAGUCAUUUUAUUUUACGUCGGUGCUAUUGGAUCAGUUGUUAUUUUCCCGGGACUUUUAAUAUCUAAUGUAGAUUCAUGGCAUGGCAAUUUAUAUGCAUGGGUUUAUACAUGUGUCCAGGCAAUAUGUUACAUAUUGGCAAGCCUUGCUGUUAUGUCUGCGUUACACAUGGAACAGGCGCCUACUGUUAUUUUGCUCGUCAAUAUUCAAAUAUGCGUAGCUUACAUAGGAGACGUGACUAUCUUCUCCGAAAAUGUAAAAUUUUGGGAAAUUAUUGGAGCCGCACUAAUUUUAGGUAGCUCAGCUAUUGUGGCCGUGUAUAAGUGGUGGAAUAAUCGAAAGAACUGCUCAGAAGUUUCAUGA